GUCUCCUGUCAGCUCGGCAGGCUGUGCGCUCACGGCGGGGCAGGAGCCCGGCGCUCCCGGGCACCAUGAUCCUGUGGCUGUGCCUCUGCUGGGGCUUCUCCCCCUCGGCGGGACAGCCCGACUCGGAGCUCAUGGCCAGGUACCUGGAGGAGCAGCUGCUGGCGGACUACAGCAUCGUGGAGCAGGUUGCUCGGCGCGUCCCAAGACAGGCCAAAUUCCUGCAGAGGCUGGAAACCAGGCCUCGGAUGUCUGAGUUCCACGUGAGGUCCACGAUCAUCUCCCGCUACGCCUUCACCACCGUGUCCUGCACCAUGGUCAACAGCGGCUCGGAAGCACGGGAAGCUGUGUUUGAGAUGCAGAUCCCAGCUGCAGCUUUCAUCUCCAACUUUACCAUGAGCAUUGGCAACAAGACUUAUUAUGGAGAGGUCACGGGGAAGGAAAAGAAAAACAGCACGGAUGACAAAGAAAGGCACAAGAAACCUCCAAGCCCCACAGAAGGAAGGGAGAAUGGCUAUGAGACAUUCAAGGCCUCUGUCUUCAUCCCCCGCAAGAUGCAGGCCAGGUUCACACUGCAUUACGAGGAGCUCCUGCAGAGGAGGCUGGGGAAAUACGAGUACACCGUCAGCAUCCGGCCCCAGCAGCUGGUGGGGAGGCUGAGGGUGGAGGUGAACAUCCUGGAGAACUCAGGAAUUGUGUCCCUGGAGGUGCCUCCCCUCAGGAACAGCAGGCAGAAAGGCAAUGGGAGAGCUGAAGGUGAUGUGUCUCCUCCUCCCUCUACUGUCAUUGGGCACACCAAAACCUUAGCUAAGGUUACAUUCAACCCCAGUGUUGUAGAGCAAACCAGGAUUGCCCGAAAUGGAAUUCUGGGAGACUUCAUAAUUAGAUAUGAUGUCAGCAGGGAGCUGAGUGUUGGGGAUGUUCAGAUCCUCAAUGGAUAUUUUGUGCACUACUUCGCCCCCACAGACCUCCCUCCCCUGCCCAAGAACGUGGUGUUCGUGCUGGACAGCAGCGCCUCCAUGGUGGGCACGAAGCUGAAGCAGACCAAAGAAGCUCUCUUCACAAUUCUCCAGGACCUAAGGCCUGAAGACCACUUCAAUAUCAUUGGCUUUUCCAACAGAAUCAAGGUCUGGCAGCAGGACAGGCUGGUGCCAGUUACUCCAAAUAACAUCAGGGAUGCCAAAAAGUACAUCCAUAACAUGUCACCCACUGGAGGGACUAAUAUCAACGGGGCCCUGCAGACCGGGGCAAAGCUGCUGAAUGAUUACAUUGCUCAGAACGACAUCGACGCCAGGAGCGUGUCCCUGAUCAUCUUCCUCACGGAUGGGAGGCCAACUGUGGGGGAAACUCAGUCCUCCAAAAUCCUCAGCAACACCAAGGAGGCCAUCAGGGAUAAAUUCUGCCUCUUCACCAUCGGCAUUGGCAAUGACGUGGACCACAAGCUGCUGGAGAGGAUGGCGCUGGAGAACUGCGGCAUGACGAGGCUUUUCCAGGAGGAUGAGGAUGCAGCCAGCCACCUCAAGGGGUUCUAUGAUGAAAUAGGAACUCCCCUUCUCUCUGACAUCCGUGUUGAUUACCCUGAAGAUGAUGUGGAGCAGGUCACCCAGAACUUCUUCCCCAACUACUUCAAUGGCUCUGAAAUUAUCAUUGCCGGCAAACUCAUCAACCGCACCUCGGAUAAACUCCACGUGGAGGUGACUGCCAGCAAUUCCAAGAAGUACAUCCUGCUCAAAACAGAUGUGGCUAUUGACCUGCCCAGCAGAAAUGACAUCAGGGGUGUCCCCGGCCUGGAGGAUGGCAAAGGUGACAAUAACUACAUUGAGAGGGCGUGGAGUUACCUCACCAUCAAGGAACUGCUCAACUCGCGGCUGAAGAGUGAUGACAUUCAGGAAAAGGACAAAUUGAUGGAGAAAGCCAAGUCCAUGGCCCUGGCUUACAAUUUUGUUACCCCCUUCACUGUUCUGAAGAUGAAAGAGGCUGGACUCCACUCGGAGCCACCUCAGGAGGAGUUUAUCAGCCCUUCCACUGAUGGCAUCGGGGAAAAAGUGCAGAGCCUGCAGGGACACAAGGCUCCACCAGGUAUACGAAGAGGGCAAGAUAAACAGAGGAUUAAAAUCUCCAAAACUUCAGCGGAUGGGGACCCUCACUUCGUCAUUGAUUUUCCCUCCAGCAAGUUGUCUGUCUGCUUCAAUAUUGAUGGAGAACCAGGGGACAUUCUCAGGCUGGUCUCUGAUCACAAGGAAUCUGGUGUAACUGUGAAUGGACAAUUAAUCGGAGCUCCCGCACCACCCAAUGGCCACAAGAAGCAUCGGACUUACUUCAGCACCAUCACCAUCCUCAGCAACAAGCCAGAGAGGUCUUACCUGGAGAUCACACCCAAGAGGGUCAUCCUGGAUGAUGGGGAGAGGCUUGUCCUGUCCUGUGGCCGGAGUGCUGUCGUGAGGAGCAGGAGCCUGGAGGUGUCCAUCUCUGCCUUCUCCAACAUCACCGUGACCAUCCGGGACUCCAUCACCUUCGUCAUCCUCAUCCACCACUACAAGAAGCCAGCCCCAUACCAGAGGAAUCACCUGGGGUUCUACAUCUCCAACAGUAAAGGCCUCUCUUCUGACUCCCACGGGCUACUGGGUCAGUUCUUGAGCCAUGAAGUUAAACUUCUCCAGGAAUCCCUGAACGCAAGUCGUCAGGAGGCUGGGCAGAACCAAACAGAGGCAUUGAAGGCAAGCCCUACAAACACCCUGAAGGUGAAGGGGAGGCUGGUUCCUGUGGUGUGGAAGCAGAGGAGGAUCUACAAUGGGCAGCAGGAGGUCGAGUGCUGGUUUGCCAAAAACGCGGACAAACUGAUCGAUGGGAGCUACCAGGACUAUUUGGCUUCUCAUCCCUUUGACACAGGGACCAGCUUUGGGACAAUCAACAGCCUUUAGGACCAGUCACAGCAAUGCAUUGCAGCAGCAUGUGGGACAGCAGGUCCCUUCUGAAGCCUCUACUAGGCAACUUAUGAGUGUUUCCUUACCUUUUGGUGCCAAAGAAACCAAGGGUUUUGUCCUUGGAAAUCAGCUGUCUCUCUUUCAUGCUAAAUGAAUGUUCAUCAAAUUCCUGAAGAAAAAGAAGGCUGGGGGAAAGGACAUGGUUAAAGGCAUGAUUGAUGCUCUCUCAGUGGGAAGGGGGGGAGAAAUAAGCCAGUGAACAGUGCAGAGUCUGCUGGCCUUAAUAUAAACCCAUGCAGGGAUCUGUGCAAUACCCCCUGGGGCUGGUGAGUCACCCCACAAAAGGCUGAUCAUACAGAACAGUGCCUGUUGAGGUGAUAGGCUUUGCAAAGAAGUGACUUGGAGCACCUGCUCCAACCUUGGUCCAUGGGGAAAGGAGAGAAGGACAAAAAGAGAGAGCAGAGGUGGGUGGAUGUUCAUCUGCAGUGACCCAUUAGCACCAAACAAAAUCAAAACCUUAAAUCAACAAGCCACAGGAGGGUAUUGCUUUCCUGGUUAGUGGGAUGAGGUUUGGAUUUGCCACUAAACAUGACGUUCCCUGAAUCACUACAAACCCUUAAAAAGUGGUGAAAACCUUGAUGGGGUUUUUUGCUGUCUUGGUGCACAGGCUGUGUGCUUAAAAAGCACCUCUGGUCCUCAGCAGCAACAGCAGUGGUGCAGCCUCCCAUUCCAUUGAGCAUUUAAUUCAGCAUAAUUCAAUUUAAAUAACAUUGCAGGGUUGGUGAUUUCUUGAGUCUUGUCUCCCUCAGGAAGAAGCAAAGUUCCACUGUGAGCUUCCAGCAGACCUGCCAUGUCUUUGAGCAUCACACCCCUUUGCUCAGCAAAGAUUAAAAUUUCCUAAGGGAUGACAACCCAGAACCCACAACAGCUUGUGAGCCUACAAAGCAGCCUCUUGAAUUUCUACCAGACGACUCUAGCUGCUUUUGUAAUCAGGGAGGAAGUCUUUAUUUACUCCAUAUUGUCAAAAAAUUUUCAUCCCGAUUUCCCCUGGCUGCUUCUCCCUCCUUACCCUGCAGGAAUUUGUGCGCAGCAGGAAUUUGGCAGCAGGAGGUUACAGAAGGGUCUGCCAGCCACCCCCACUGCAGGUGGUGCUCCAAACCCAAAACUGCAAGGCUGUGGUGUGGUUUAAAGUGAGGCAUCACUGAGCAAUGCUACAGAUCAGCCACGGGGGAGUUUUAGCAAAGAGCUUGUCCAAAGGGGACUUGACAACCACAAAGACAUUUUCAUGGCAAGGCCAAACUGAGCUCAUGAAUACUCUGCCUUUCCAGAAUUGAAAAGGAGGGAGGCUGGGUGUGGAAGCAUCUCCAGGAAUUAAAUGACAUCCAUGUGUUAGGAGAAAACAGUUGCCAGGGACCCACAGAAAUAGGUUCAAUCUUGACUGAUUUUUUUUUUUCAUAUUUAACAAUUAAAUCAUAUUGUUGCUGUUGGCGCUCCAGCUGCUGGGGGUGGGGUGGUGAUUUUCCAGUUGCUUGAUCAGCUCGUAAGUGCCGCAAGCACUGUGGCAGCAGAGCAGGUGGCAAGCAUGGUUUCUUUACUCACAUCAUGUGCUGCCUGGAAACAGCCAAAAGCAACCAGCAAGAUUGAACUGCACUCUGGAAGAUCCUUACAGAGAGCUCAGUUAGCACAAAACUCGUGCCAAGGCUCGUACUUUGGAACAGAACAUAAAGAAGAAACUACUGCUUUGGGCCCUGCUAUCUUGAGAAAUAACUCCCCUGCGAGGGAGAGCUGAAGGCAAGACCUUCAGCACAGUCCUGAGUGUGGAAAAAUAACACUAAAUAAUAAUAAUAAUAAUAAUAAUGUUUAAUGCUCUGCAGUUUGCUUGUGGGCCAGGAAGAGAUGAGGAAGAACAGCUGUGAAGUUGACUUCUCUGCCCAAGAAGAGAGGAGGAAGAUCACCCAGGGCCCACACCCAAACCUCCCCUUUCACUGGCAAGGAGCAAACAGGAAAAUGGCAGGGGAUUUCUGGACACCCCAGAGUUUGGCAGGUGUCUCCAUGCUGUCCUUACUGAAACCUCCCCUCUCCUCCCACAUUGUGCUGUCCACGUGUAUUGCUAAGGGGAGGCACUGGCUCAGGCUCUCCCUCAUCUCCUCUGUAUAUAGAUAUGUAUAUAAUAUAUAUAAACACACACCAUAAACACACACCUACUGCUGAUAAUUCAUCAUUGCUCCUCUUUCUCCUUCUCCAGCCAAGGAAACAUAUUUCUUUCAGGGCCUGAAGAUAACAAGGAUCAAGUCCAAUGAAGCACCUGGAGCAAUAUACUCAAGGUCCCCUGAAGGCUCCAGUUGUCCAUUUCACAAUAAAUAUUUUACAGUGAACACUGCAGUGAAGCUUUCAUUUGGCAAAGAUAAAAAACAAGCUUUGAA